AUGAAUUAGAAAUUACAGAGGGAAUGCGAUUUGAUCGUGGAUAUAUUUCUCCAUAUUUUAUCACUGAUGCUAAAUCUCAAAAAGUAGAAUUUGAAAAACCAUUGAUUCUUUUAUCAGAGAAAAAGAUUUCUGUUUUACAAGAUAUUUUGCCAGCCUUAGAAACAUCAGCACAACAACGUAGACCACUAUUAAUUAUUGCUGAAGACAUUGAUGGUGAGGCAUUGGCUGCAUGUAUAUUAAACAAACUUCGUGGUAAUCUUCAAGUUGCAGCAGUUAAAGCACCUGGGUUUGGAGAUAAUAGAAAAUCCAUUUUAGGAGAUUUGGCUAUUCUGACUGGUGGCACUGUUUUCUCUGACGAAUUAGACAUUAAACUUGAACGAGCAACACCUGAUUUAUUUGGAUCAACUGGAUCAGCCACAAUUACCAAAGAAGAUACAAUUUUUCUUAAUGGAGAUGGAACAAAAGAAAGUAUUCAUCAACGUUGUGAACAAAUACGUGCAGCUAUAAAUGAUUCUACAGUGUCUGAAUAUGAAAAGGAAAAAUUACAAGAACGUUUAGCAAAAUUAUCUGGUGGUGUAGCAGUGAUCAAAGUAGGUGGUUCAUCAGAACUUGAAGUUGGAGAGAAAAAGGAUAGAUUUGUUGAUGCAUUGAAUGCAACAAGAGCAGCAGUUGAAGAAGGAAUUGUACCUGGUGGUG